GAGAAAGCCUACGGUUGUCAAAUCUCUCCAAAAGGGUAGGCCAAAAACUACACCAAGAUAGUGUAUCCGUGACAUAACGAUGCCUCCGCCACACGCCUCGGGAGACGCUCUGGUGGAGCACCAAGGUAUCGAGUUAUCCACCGUGUCUAGCGCGAGAAGCACCGGGAGCCGGUCUGCGGGGCCGCCGACCCUGACUCUCAAUCAAAAUAUUCCUCAAACAUCCAAGAGACAAUUCAUCAUCAUCGUCCUCUCCUCCUUCACCAUCAUCUUCACCUGCUGCGGCCUCAACUUCGCCUGGGGCGUCUACCAAGCCCUCUACGAGAACCUGUCCCACCAACCCAACACCCCGUUCACAGGGGCCUCGCCGGCCGAAAUCGACCUGAUCGGGACUGUGUCGUGCUCGCUGAUGACCAUCGGGGCCCCAUUCAGCGUGGCGUGGGCCAAAGCCUUCCCGCCGCGCGGGGUCGCCUUCGUAGGCGGAUUCGUGUUCGCGCUAUCCCUCGUGCUGGCGAGUUUUGGGCAGCGGCUGUGGCACUUCGAGCUCGCGCAGGGAGUUCUCAACGGGAUUGGAACGUGUCUUUGUUACAUGGUAGCCGUGACGAUCGCCCCGGGGUGGUUCACGCAGCGUCGCGGACUGGCGAUGGGGAUCAUCCUGGCGGGCACCGGGGUGGGCGGGCUGGUGUGGGCGCCAGCCCUAACUGCCUGCGUCGAGCAUCUCGGCUUCCGCAACACCCUCCGCCUGACGGGGGCCGUCUCCUUCACGCUGAUCUCGGCCAGUAGCAGCGCCAUGGCCUGGGAGCCCGGCACGCGCACGCAGAUCGAGAUCGAGAAUUCCGCUCGCAGCAGCCGCAGCCGCGUCCACGGCCUGCUGAAGGUGCCCCUCGUCGACUGGCGCGUGGCGCGCUCCCGUCGCUUCAUCGCCCAGGCCCUGGGCACGGUGUUCCAGGCGGCCGCAUACUACACCCCAGUCUUCUUCUAUGCGUCCUACGCACAGACCCUGGGGUACAGCACCGCUGCCAGUGCCAAUUUCAUUGCGUUGAGUAACGCCUGUAAUGCCGUCGGAAAGGUGGUCAUUGGGUACUUGGCUGACCGUGUGGGACGGCUGAAUGCCUUGCUGCUGACUACCCUGCUGAGCGCGAUCUCCACCGUCGCGUUCUGGCUCCCGUCCACGGUCGCGGGGGUGACCACCGAGUCGAAGGAUCUGUUCAUCACGUUCACCGUGCUGUAUGGCAUCUUCGCCAGUGCGUACGUCUCGCUCUUCCCGGCGAGUCUGGUUGAGUUGUUCGGGGCGCAGAAUUUUGCGUCCGUCAAUGGGGUGCUGUACAUGGUGCGCGGGAUGGCGACGAUGAUUGGGACGCCUGUGGGCGGGGUCCUGAUUCGGAGUGGGAGGAGUGAGACCCCUGGGGCGUUCCGGAAUAUGUCGGUGCUGGUGAGUGCGCUGUUGUUUGCGGCGACGAUGUCGGUGGUUUGGGUUAGGGUUGAGGCGUUCGUGGGGAUGGGUGGGGUGGGGAGUAGGAGUAAGUGGCAGCGGUGA